AUGGCCCCACUUAGACGGUACCUGCGCAUAACGAAGCACUCCGUUCUUGAAGUUCGAGUCUACCUGGAUCGUCCAGCUGAUGCUGAGGCAUGGCUGCUGAAACGCGACGACCCAGCUCUUCCACGCGUCAUCCAGGCCAUACGGCCCCUUGUCCUUCCCAAGCUUCGAGAAGAGAACGAGCGAGGCAAAGUUCGUGCUGGGGCCAAAGCAAAGAAGAAGGGCGUCAAAGAUGUUGUUGUUGAAGGUAGGACUUGCUUGUCAACCUCAACGACAGCUAACUUCACACUAGACGAUUUCGAAGUAUCAAUCUUCCUCACUGAACUCUCAUCUCGUCAUUCAGUUAUGACUAAGCAGAAGAUGUUUCAGGACAAGUCUCGCAUACAAAGUAACUCAGGGAAGCUCACCAGCUGGCUUACGACCGGAACAAGUGAUCACCCAAUGGUCAUAAACGAGCUUGAAGCGGAUCCACGUGUCAUCGAGGGCGAUGACGAUGAUGCAGUCAAUCUCGCUGACAUUCCUGAGGCGCCCAAGCGCUCGACAAGAGCGAAGCGAGAUCGGACUGAAGCCGAGAAAGAUGCAGGCAGUCAGGCCAACGAAAGUGAUGAAGAGAAUCUGUUCAUUCCAGAGACAACCAGCAAGCGUAGUAAGACAGGCGCGGCGCCAGCGGACGCCGAGGUCGUCGAAGACGAGUCGCAAGACGACAAAAAGAAGCUUGGCCUGAAUACCUCGUACGAAGGUUUCAGCAUAUACGGUCGGAUACUAUGCCUUGUGGUCAAGCGCCGUGGUGUAAGAAAUGCUGCAGGAGGUGCUACUGCACCCGUGUCUAGUCAACAGAUGCUGGAGAACUGGGUGUCGACACAAGCUGCGGGGCAAGCGGGCGACGACGACGAAGACAACGGCUGA